UUGACGUUUAAAAGUGGGCGAUAUAAGAUGAAUAAAUUAGUAAAUUUGGAGUAUUUUACCCAAACUUUAUGUUCAAAGUGUUUAUUUACAUUUAAAGUGACUGGUGUUUAGUGUCAGAUAGUGUAUAUCACACCAAUCGUUUGAAGAAUGAAUAAAUCAAUUAUAAUUGUUAUUGGGUUAUCAGCAUUAAGCUUAACUUGUUUCCCAUUAUGUCUAUCAAUUGUGUGCAUGCUGGUUUUGACUGCUUGCAUAGCUAUAUUAGCAGUAUACUGCAUUGUAUGGAUUCACAUUAUGCUAUCAUCACCUCACAAAACUGGAACCGGAAAUGAAAAUAUAAUGAAGGAACUAGAAAAUUUUCGGUCUAAUCUUAUGCAUAAUGGGUCAUUGGAAAUAGAGAGUCCACAAAGUCAUCUUCCAGUAAUAUUUGGAAGAACAGUUGAUAGUGUUCUUCAUCAGUUAUUAGACUACAUAGUUAGAGAUUUUAUUUUAGUUUACUUAAAAGAUUAUGCAUAUAAGCCUAAACCUUUAACUGACACUAUAAAGGAAGACUUGUGGGGUUCAGUUCAAAUACUUUCUGAAAGGAUUUCAAGAGUUGACCAUGUUAAGCUUAUAGCUUGUGAUAUGGUUAAUAAAAUCACUCUUCACUUUGAAAAGAUUCGAGCUGGAGAAAGUUUGGUUAUCGCGAGUAAGCAUCUACCUCUAUUUUCUGUCUCACCUCAUCUUGUUUCGGAGGAGAAAGAAUUAAGUUAUCUAAGAAAUGUAAGUGAACUCUUGAUAAUGUUUUUACUCCCAAGAAGUUACUCGCUUUCACCCUCAAAAUAUCUUGUUAGAGAACUGCUAACUUGUAAGGUUUUAAAACCAUUCAUAGACACUAUAACAGAUCCUGAUUAUUUUAAUCAGAAUGUAGUUGUGUACAUUGAAACUCAACGAAGUGCAGCAGCCAUGCAUAAAAAAACAUUUGAAUAUGCCAAUAGUUUUGAGGAUUUUUUGAAAUUAAUUCAAAAAACGAAUGACUUGGAACUUUUGAAAAGAAUUAGGUAUGACAUUGUGACAAAGAUAAUGCAAGCAACGACUUUACAAAACUUAAAAAGAGCUAAAGGUUUCGACCCAGACAUUGAAAAGAGCACUUCUGGGGGCAUAAACAAGUCAGAAGUAAAUGCAGCAAAAAAAUUAAAACGAUACAUAAGUCAGUUAACUUAUGCUAAAGGCGAAUGUGAAAAAAGAAUGAAAGAUUUAGGAUGGGACCUAAACUAUCAUAUUCAAAAUGACAAUAGAAAUAUUCUUCCCCUAAUGUCUAUAUUAGAACACGUACUUGGACGUAAAUAUUUUUCUCAGUUUUUGGAAACUGUAGCAAGUCAAGGUCUAAUAGGGUACUGGUCAUCAGUAGAGGAAUUACGAACAGCUCCAAGAAAAAAUUGGCAUCAAUUAGGCGCUGAAAUUUUCUACACAUUCAUAAGGAACCCUACAGCUGAAAUUAAAGUUGAUAAAAGCACAAGAAAACGAAUGGAAGCCUUUCUAUUAGGUGAUAAAGGACCAGAAGUUUUUUAUGAAGUCCAAGAACAAGUAGUUAAAACCUUGGAAGAUAAGUACUACCAGCCAUUUGUUAUUAGCGAUUUUUAUAAGCAAAUGUUAUCCGCAAUGGCUAAUGAUGAGGCUGUAAGCGAGGUCGAUAGCUCCGUACCAUACGGCGAUAUAGUCACAUGUGUAGAUUCAGGGGGAAAAGAAAGCGGCUUACAUGUUGAGGAAUAUUCGGGCUAUGCUAAAAGGAAAUUAGAUCAAUUACAAGAGAAAUUAAGUAACAAAAAACAAGCUCUACAGGCUCUAAAGUCUUCUUUGAAGCCAGAGUCCAGAGUAUUAACGAUGUUAGAAAGGGAAGUAGAGUGGCUUGAGGGAGAACAGCGACAACUUGAGGCUCAUAUAAACAGAACCGAAACGUGGGGAGAAAAUUUGGGAAAAUGGCGAGCAAUAGUUCAAAGUGCAGAUAUAACUGAAGAAAAGGAGCCUCCAUUAUUUGUUAUUGUCGUUCACGUAUUGGAAAAAGACUUAUCAGAUGAAGAUGAUGGGAUAAGCACUGGAUGGGUAGUAUCUAGAACGCUCCCCCAAUUUCAAGAAUUACAUCGAAAAUUAAGACCACUUUGUUCGGAUGUUCGUAAUCUAGAGCUACCGUCUCAUACUUUUAAAUUCCUUUUUGGAAAAACUGACAAAAAUUCUCUAGAUAAAGCCAAAGUCCUUAUUCAACGAUACUUAGAUUUUAUCUUAGAAGAUGAUCGAUUAAACCAAAGCGAAGCCGUCUACUCGUUUUUAAGUCCCAGUUCUGAACAUUUAAAACAUACCUCAUAUUCGCCGAAGAAAUCAAAAUUCUCUUUUUCGACUCUUUUUAAAAGUAGUAGUAGUACAAGUGCAGAACAAUCAUCACGUGAAACGUCAUUGUUUAAAGAAAGCGAAGAUGAAGAUAUUUCCCAGUGUUUAGACGCGUCAGGUCUAAUAGAUUCUUCGGAAAAUACUAAAACUAACGGCCAUUUUUCUAAAUUCGAAGACAGAGAUACAAUAGCCGAACCUCUCUAUACUUUGAUGAGUGAAAUUUUCAAUAUGCAAGGUGUCUUCAAGUAUCUCAGAAAAACUUUAAUAGCGUUUGUUCAAGUAACAUACGGUCGUACGAUAAACAGACAAAUAUUGGACACUAUAUCAUGGUGCUUUUCUGAGCAAAUGCUUUUGUACUACAUUUCGUUGAUAUUAAAGAGUUGGUGGCCGUCAGGUACGUUGGCACCUAAAGCUCCGAUAAGAAGUGAAGAAGAAAAGUUGGCCACUCAGAAAGAAGCCCGAGAGGAGUUUGUGUCAAAUGUACCGGAAAUUUUAAUCACUUUGGUCGGAGCCAAUGCGGCAAAAAGUGGGGCACAAAAAGUAUUCGAUACACUGCAAAAUAAGGCUAUGAACAAACAACUAUUUUACGAUUUAUUAGAAGUCGUAUUGUCAGAAAUAUUCCCUGAAUUAAAAAUGAACGACAGUUAAUAAUUUUUUAUGUUUAGGCUAAUUUAACUUGCAAGCUUUUGAAAAGACUUACAAAAAUUAUAUUUUUGUAUAUAACAGGGCACAAUAUUGUAUAACAUUCAAACCUAGCUUUAUACAUACUUAUAAUUAUUUAUUAAAGUAGCUUCGUAAGGUCAAUGUUGCUGGUACAUAUAAAUGUCUAUUACUACGCAAUUAAAUGUUGUAUAAUAUUGAUUUUUCUCUAUACUUUUAUGUGCAUACUUGUCACUUAUUUAACAUCUCUUUAUUAAUUUGACUGAUUAAUUUCUAGUAUUUCUUCGUUUGUAUAAUUAAUAAAUAAUUUUCAACUUAAUGUUAACAUGUGUACCUGAAAUUUUACAUAUGCACUUUCGUUUUCUUUUUAAACUAUAAUAACGUUAUAAUUUAAAACCAACUUUUAUUCUUAUAAUUGAAAAUUAUUUUU